AUGGGCAUGCGCAUUCUUGUCGAGACACCUAUCCUCAAAUCAAUGAAUGCACCACCAGCCUUACUAGAGCCUAUUAUCGCAAGAGAUCUGAAGUCCCUUACAAAGGAAAAACAACGUCAAUUUCUGUCGCUGCACAAUAACUUUCCGGGAAAUUAUCCCUUCAGCGGCAUCAUGAAAACUAAUUCAUUGCCUUGCGGGAGUGAGGCAAUGGUUGGUGCAGUGUACCCUACAAUCUGCUUCAUCAACCACAGCUGUCGUGCAAACGCUCACAAUAGCUGGAACGAAACUCUUGAGCAGGAAACAAUUCAUGCCAUCAGAGAUAUCGAACCUGGCGAAGAAAUCACAAUCUCCUAUGAUGAUGGAGGUGCAUAUACAAGUCGAAAGCCGUGGCUGGAAGAGAAGUUCGGCUUUCACUGCGACUGCUCGAUCUGUCGUCUUCCACCCGUCGAACUUGAGAAGAGUGACAAACGGCGAAAGCAAAUCAAACAACUAGACAAGGACAUUGGUGAUCCAUUCCGCAUGAUGAGUAGUCCCAGCGUCAGUCUUUCGAACUGCCGUUCCCUACUCCAGGUUCUGAAAGAAGAAUUCGAAAACUGUACCACUAUCUUGGUAGCCAGAGCCAAUUAUGACGCAUUUCAAAUUGCUGUUGUGCACGGAGAUGAAGCACGAGGAUCGGUAUUCGCAGAGCGAGCAUACCAGAUUAGACUUCUCUGCGAGGGAGGUGACAGUCCAGACACGGAAAGGAUGCAGCAAUUAGCUGAGAAUCCAAAGCUUCACCCAAGUUUUGGGGGUCAUUCCAUGCGCUGGAAGACGAAGAAGGGACAGGUUCCUGGAGAGUUGAAGGGGGAUGAGUUUGAGAAUUGGCUGUGGCGGCAAAAGUAG